CAAUCUUCUUUGAAAGGCUUAAAUAAUGGAGAGCUGCAAACCUUUUCUUUGCUUGUCACUCAUCUCUGUAAAGCCUUUGUUUUUCGCAGCUCUUUGCCAUUUCUCUGUGUCCCAGGACCUCCUUCCUAAGGUACUCAAUUCAGCUGGAAAGUCAAAUUGUUUUUCAGACUACCAGGCUCCUAUGGGAACACUCAGUCCUUUAGAAAUAAGUUCAUACCCUUUCCUGAUUUGUGCCUUCCCACAAUGUCAUUGUGAAGGGUGGAGCGGUACCCUGAUCUUUUUAUUGGGUAUUUUUGCAACAUGUCUGUGCUUUUCUAUAAAGGAUCCAGUUAAUUAUGUUUCUCAGGUUAUACAUGUGACAGAUUGUAGAGCAGACAAAAUGUAUCUGAAGAGUAAAUUGUUAUAUAAAUAUAUAAUUGUAUAGAUAAAGUUACUACGUACUUACACCAUAGCUCAUCUACAGCAACUUGAAUGAAUACUCAAGCCCCUCAAACUUUUUAAUAUUUCUUGACUAAACAACCACAAAGUUCAAUAUUUUAUUAUUUGAUAUUUUGUGGUAAGCCAGCAUAAAGUAUUUCCAAAUUGUGUGGACUGUAUGGCGAGACUGAUUUAUUUUUUUUCACCUAUUCUUCCUUACAAAAUAGCUAAUGCCAAGUAAGUUUGGAAGAAGAGCGGCUGUGAACAUCAAUGUUCAAGUCCACAGAUAUUAAACUGGAUUUAGAUCUGAACUCAUGAAUAUGCUUUGAUCUAAACUACUUUAUCAUUCAUAACUCUAUUUUGAAGAGAGACAUUCCUAUAGUAUGAUGCUGGCACAACAAUGUUCUUCAGCGUCAUUUUAAAGAAGGUCCAUCUUCCUCAUGAUAACUGUCACCCCAACAUGUCUUUAGCAAACUGCAAGCAGGACUUCUUCCAGCUUUCUUUCGACGAUGCUCCUCUUCUCGACAUUUAUUAGAUAAAGGCCAGACUUCAGAAGAUGUUGCUGUAAGAGUCCCAUUUAUUUCCUUCAUUGGUGCUAAUGCACUGUGGCUGGGCUCGUUUUCGUCCUGAUAAUGAAUCACAUUAUUCAUGGCUCGCCCUCAGUUAAGCAUAUUAUUCUCAGUAGUCUGAGUAAACCAUUUUGAUAUUUUGCUGAUUAUUGUGUAAUGAGAAUACAAAAGCUAAUCAGACUCUGCCCUCUCUUUGAUUCGCACGAGCAAUUAAACCGCAUUAGUCAUGCAGGAACACGUGACAUGCUGGCCUCCUAGGGUUUUGUUAUACUUAGAGAAAUUAGAAUUAAUAUAAAAUGUGUUCAUUUUUUCAUGUCAUGGCAGAUUUUCUGUUAGAAUGUCUUUCUAUUUGAAAUUGAUGACUAGAAUUUCAGGGAUUUUAUCAUCAAACCGUGAAACCACUAAAUGUGUUUAUGUUGCAUGUUGACAUUAGCUGUCCCUUUUGUCUUGCUUUAAAUAAGCCACCAUUAUUAUUGUUGGAUGUUUUAUUCUGUACUCUGACUUUAUAAAAUAUUGUCUGUGACACAAAUGGAAUCACGGCAUAAAAAACAAGUUGAAAAGACAUUUUAUAUUGAUAGUAAAAUUGUUCUGGAAGUUGCACAAGCCACAUCAGUGACUCUUUCCACUGAAUUAUUGCAAACUAACAGCUUAGCUGAUCAAAUUAUAUCGCACAAACCAGGAAGCUAUAAAUACCCUAUCAACACAAAAACAAUUUCUACUCAAUUGCAUUUAGUUUAUCUCAGCUGUGAGAACCAUUUACCAUCUUUCCUCAAGGAAAAUAAACACACAGAGUCCAACUUGAGAUUCACAGCUUUUACAGAAUUACAGAGCUAGGUGUUUCUGAGUCACUGUAAGUGAGAUAAAAACUACACAAAUUUAAUAAUCAGGGUUUUAAAAAAAAAAAAUUGAGUUAAAGAAUCUACUGUUUGUCUUUCUGAUGAGAAAAUGGAAAUGCUUAUGCCAAUGGCCCAUGAGAGACUAUUUCUACUGGCAGUAAAUGGUAUAUUUAUUUUAUAAAUAGCUGCACCAAAUAGCUCAGAUAUUGGUUUUAAAGUGGUUCUGUCAGUGCGGUUGUGCCAACAACAACAAGCAUUCUGAGGUCAAACAGAGAGAGGACAUGUCAAGGCAGAGGAAUGUAGAAAAAGCUAUUCCUGCUCUAAUGCGCAUCUUCAGACACUGAAUUCAAAAUCACAGUGGCUUGCAAACGUAUUCAUAACGCUUGAUUUUUUUAAAAUUCUCAUUUUUCACAUUAAAACUUGUUAAAUUUGGUUUCUACACGACAGAUACAAAUUGUGAAGUCGAAGGAAAACCAAUUAUAAUAAUGUGAUUUUACAGAUAAAAAAAUUGAGAAGAGCGCUGUAUAUUUGUGUUCAGCCUUACUGAGCCAAUCAGAAGCAGAAUCACCUACAAUUGCAAGCCUUAUGGGGGUUUAACUCUGCCAGCUUUGCACAUUAAGAGACAGAUUUAUUUUUGUAUUUUUUGCAAUUUAGCCAUAAUUAAGUAAUGCUGGAUACAGAGCAAGUGUGAACCUAAACUUUUAAGAUUUCUUGUUGAAUUUAGAAUCAAAACAAGCACAUUUAAUCAUAAUAAAAUAUAUUUGUGUUUGCAAAGUGACUAAAUGUGAAAAAGUACAAAGGCUGUGAAUGCUGUAGGGAACAGUUUCAUUGAAAGAGCAGCAAUUUCAGGAUAAAAAAUUUGCUUAAUUACUUUUGUUGAAAGUGUUUGAAGUUUUUACUGUCAUGCUUGAAGAUGAGGGGAAAAAGUAACACCACAAUGGUGAGUAACAACUGAGACUUUGGGUCCACUGCUUAGAGGAAUAUUAGAAAAUGAUUAAAAUUUUAUAAAAAGACAUGCAUGUUUAUAUUUUAAUGUAUGUUUUAAUGUGUGUUCUUCUCUCUUACAGUGGCACUUUUUGUUUGAGUUGCCAGUACCUCCAUCAUCAACUUAACCCUGUCUUUACGCAGUUAAUGUGGGUCACCACCAACAUGAUGAACUACAAUAAUACUGAAUCCUGCCUUUCUAUCAACACCUCAUUUUCCACCCUGCCUAUUACAAACACACCAGCUAACAGGAGUGGCAUGGGAGCAUAUCUUGAAAGACUGGCCCAUUUAGACGAAGGACUGUACAAUGAUUUCUACGGCCUCUGGAUUGCACUGAUGGUCAUAAACUCUGUCAUAUUCCUGGUGGGCAUGGUGCUCAACACGGUUGCACUUUACGUUUUCUGUUACCGUACGAAACAGAAGACCACCUCAGUGAUCUACACCAUCAACCUGGCAGUGACGGACCUCUUGGUGAAUCUAUCACUGCCAACCCGCAUCUCGCUCUACUACAUCGGUGGAGCUUGCCUCACCUGCUCCUACAUGCACAUAUUCAGCUACUUUGUAAACAUGUACUGCAGCAUCUUAUUUUUAACCUGCAUAUGUGUCGACCGUUACCUUGCCAUUGUGCAGGUUGAAGCUUCACGUCGUUGGAGGAACUCCAGCGUAGCCAAGCUGGUCUGCAUUACCGUCUGGCUGUUUGCCAUCGUGGUCACAUACACCUUUCUCUCCACUGCAUUCCAGCACACAGGCUGCUGCAUCUCAAAGCUGCUUUUCCUCACAAUCACUGAGUUCUUUUUACCCCUCAUCGUCAUUGUGGUUUUCACUCUUCGCAUUAUGUGGGCCCUGACAGACCGUCGUCUCAUGCAGCAAAGCAGGAAGCGGAGGAGAAGAGCCGUCCAGCUGCUGACUACUGUGCUGAUCAUCUUCACAGUCUGCUUCACUCCCUUCCACAUCAGACAAGUUUUACUGCAUUUCUACCCUGACAUGCCCCAUCAAGUGAUCGUGUACCACUUAACCGUCACUCUAAGUAGCUUGAACAGCUGUAUGGAUCCAGUUGUCUACUGCUUUGUAACAAAUAAUUUUAAGGCUACAAUGAAACAUAUUUUCCGUCGUGCCGAGCCAGAGCAGACCAGUGGUGACAUUGUCAGCAUGCAGCACAGCUCCAAGGCCUCUGGGGGAACAGUUAGUGCCAUCACCAAUAACAGGAUCAUGAUGACCAGGAUUCCCAGCAUACGACUGAGAGACAUUUUGAAUAACAAUCAUACUCCAUGAAACUGUGCUAGCAAGAAGUGCUUGGGUUUACAUUCAACAGAAAUAAAUUGUUUCUUAAAAUACCUUAUCAUUAAAAAAUGCUUUCCCGUGUAAUAACCGUGAAUCUUCAGCUCAGCACUUAUAGUCAAGAUAUAAGUUUUUAACAUGAGCUCUGCAGCAAAAAGAAAUAUAGGUGGGUGUGACCAAUUAUGGGCAAUGAGAAGAGACAGAUUUUGUUUGCAACCAACUAUCAUCAUGCAAAGCCAUCAUCAUCACUCUGUUUUCAUCUGGUGAUGUUGCUUCUCAGAAGACUA